CUUCUGGUCAUAUGAUGCAUGAAAAAACCCACAAAUAAAAAAACUCAUGAUGUGGUGGUUGGCUGGUGUUAAGAGAUGUAGAGAGCUUAACAACAAGAGAACAUGCUGUGCCUCUGUGUCUUCUGCCUCUCAAGGCUUUUCUGAAAAAUGGGGCUGAUCUGUUAUAAUCCUCAAAACAGGAACAUACUGGUCUUAAUCUUCCUCACAGUGCUGGUGGUGCAUUCUGAACAUAUUACUAAAAGAGAAGGAGAGACAGUGAUUUUACCCGUGAACAAGCCCAACACACUAAAGACCUACGUCUGGUCUUAUGGACCAAAGAACCCAACCAAAGUGAUCGCUGUAGUCACUGAUAACAUCCAGACAGUGGUGAACGGGACUCGCUUUGGCACAAGGCUUGAUUUAGACAUUAGCACUGGUAACCUGACAGUCCAGAAUCUGACCAUUAAAGACUCUGGAGCAUUUCUGAUCCAGAUCCUGACUCAUAACAGGACAUUGGAGAUGCAGUUCAAUCUUGUGGUCACUGGAAACACUGUCCUCAUCCAAGCUCUAGAGGGCACUAAUAUAACGUUGCCAACCGGAAUGACGCAUCUUGAACCUGAAUAUGAUAUCUUCUGGACUAAGAAUAAUUUCAGUGGAAAACUGAUUGUAAGCUGGGAGAACAACAUCAUCACAUAUGACCCAGGGCUGCAGGAGCAUUUGCUGCUGGACCCUCAAACCGGAGCAAUCACCAUCAUCAACAUCCUUAAAUGCCACUCUGGAUUUUACUGUGUCCGACUGAUGUACAAUGAAGAUUUACACAGCAUGAUGGAAUAUGAGGUGCAAGUUUACAGUCCUGUGUCAGCCCCUCACGUCUCGUUUGAGCAGAACAGCUUUGAUUCUAAGGAGCCCUGGAGCUGCAGAGUGAACUGCUCUGUGCAGAAUUCAGAGAAUGUGGUUCUGAAGUGGUACAGAAGAGACAAGAUGUUGAACCAAACCAGUGACUCAGACCUGUCCUCCAGGCUGGUCCUGCCUCUGAAUGUCCCCCAGACUAAAGAGGAGGUCAUCUACAGCUGUCAGGCUGAAAACCCCAUCUCCAAUCAGACCAUCAUCUUUAACACAUCAUACUCAUGUCCACAGAAAAAGGAAAAGGAUUUGUCACGGUCUAUUGGAGUCGGAGUCAGUGUAGGUCUGAUAUGUGCAGUAUGUUUGUAUGGGGUAGUCUCCUACAGAAAGAGAUUUUUAUACCACACACCAAGUCCCAGAGAUGUGGCAGACGAUCUUGCAGAAGGAAACACAAGACAACACGAGGGAAUGGACCAUUUUGUCACCAAUCGAAACACCAGAGAACAUGAAGAACAUGGCCUUUCCUGUUGCGUUUACCCGGUUCCCCCCUGUACACUGCUGUGGUGCUGCAGGACACAGAGGAGGGACACCUUUGGCUCUUCCUCUUCUCUAACUGCCCUUUAUUAUAUUUCAGGGGAUUGUAUUUACUUGGAAACCCCACCACAGACUACUCAGGACCAUAGGAUGAACACCGUAAUGCUCCCCAACGCUGAUAACUCUGAAGGCAAAUAGUUAACAUAACAGUUAUAUCCAAGAACACUCUUUUGUAUUUUUGUAUUUUGAUAAAUUAAAUUUUUUAUUGUUUUAAGGAUGGUGUAACCCGUAAACUUUAUUGAACAGGGCAGCAUAGUGUGAAAUGGGGGUGAAGAGCAAUUCAGCAAAUUGUUGAAGCUGGGAGUCGAACCCAGAACACUUGGCCACACAUUAUGCUAACAACAUUUCUUUUAAACUUUCUACCAUGUUAUAACAGUGUUCCCUCAUCAAAAAUCCACCUUAUGAUACAAAACUCUGCACAACUUCACAAACCUGAUGCAAUAUGCAAGUCAUUAGCAGGAUGCACAUUGCUUGUGUUGUGAUGGCGCUUUGAUGGGGGAGUGACUUAGUGCGGAGAAUAAAGGGACAAGAGACUCAGAGCUAUAUUUGCCAAAAACAACAUACAGUAUUAACUUGUUUUUGGUGAAUAUAGCAUUUUCAAAACAAUAAAAGGUAACAUGAUGAUCUAAUAUGCUCUCUGUUAGUAAUAGAGAUAGAAGUAAAAUAACCCCUCUUUAAAGUAGGCCUGCAUAUUCGUGUUUUCCUAAUAAUUUCAUGAUUAAAUGUGACAGAACCUUUGGUGCGUUGUAUAAUAAUUUUUAUAUCAGUUGUCAGUUUGUGAAGAAAAGUUUGAAAAAAGAAGAAAAAUGUACGUUGUAAAAGGGAAUUUGUAUAUCCAUGUCAUCUAUACUCAAAAUUCCAAUAGUUUAAGUAAUUGUUUAACUAAAAAAAAGAUCGCGUCAUUUAUUUUUAUUCACUAAAAAUAAUGAUGAGAUUAGAAAAGCUUUGGUCCUUGUUUACAGUGUAGUUGCAAAGUAGCAGUUAUAGAAUGAACUCUAACUAGAUUAUCAGCAAGUUAAUCAAAACAAAUGGCCCUACUUCUUUCUUCAUAACUUCUUCAGGGCUUUGUGUGAGUGACUGUAGCUCCCACCAGAUGUAAUGAUGGGGCUAUAAGUGUUAGCCUGCUGCUGUCCAGUUGUUUUGUGAUGAUAUUUUAUCCCUAGAUGACUCAGGAUUUGGUUCUAUAAACUGUAUGUCAUAUCUGCUGACCAUGUCCAAAACCAAGGUGAGAUUCUUUGCAAAAUCUUAAAUAUAAUUAUGAGAACUAGGUAAGUAAGUAAGUUGUGUAUGUCUAUUGUCUGUAUUGCAUUUUGGUAGCAGUGGUAAAACAAUAAAGCAAAGAAUGUACCUGUUGAGAAAACAGAACACUUUUAAUGUAAAGAAAACGAUUCUCAACAACUUUUAUUGUUCUUUUAUCGAAAGUCUGCUUACUUUUUUAAAAAAUUUGCUGGUUUCAGUCCCUGUUCUUGAAGGGUAAAAACAUUGAUUAAACCAACAGAAUAUUGUUAAAACCUGCUCAAAAAUCACAGGGGUCAAACUGAGGAUCUGCAUUCUCUGUGGGAGGAGCAGGUGUUGAGCAAAGCAAAGUGUCUCCUCGCUCAGCCCCUCCAUCCUCUGGCUCCUGACUUUAUCAUGAUGCCUUGAGGGUGUCGAUUUUAUGCUCCGGUACGAAAGAUUAACUGGCUAUUAUUAUUAUUAUUAAGGCUAUUAUUAUGUCAUGUAUGAAGGCUUUUGUGCUCUAGAUAGUUUUACAGGCAUGAGCAAAUAACAAAAUACACAGAAAU